CUUUCGCUUGCCACGGCCACCAAGCCACGCCCACAGAACCGGUAGUAAAAAAUUGAAUUUCACCACUGACUUAGAUCCAGCAUAUAUAAGAAACCAGACUAUUUGAACAACCAAUCAAAAAAGAACCAAUCAGCUGCUUAGAAUUUAAAUAUAGCAAGAGAUGUAUAAGCCAAGGAGAAUUGGACUUGACAAUCCUGCUGCUGAUGUUACCUAGUCUGGUAAUUAAACCUUCAGAAACUAAAUUGAAAACGAGCUUCGAGAGAGAACCUAAAUCUAAAACCCAAGCUUCAGGAUCACGGAGGACCCGAACGGGGUUGGGCGAAAAGAGCCCGAGGAGGGAGACCCGCUCGGUGCCCGCAGUGCCCCCGCCCCACCCCAAACCCGAAGGGAGACCUUCCGGGGAGGGAGGCGCAUGUGCGCGGUUGCAGUUGCGCGGCUGUGCCGGGAAGGCGGGGCGCGGAUUCUCCCCUGCGCGUCUCUCUUGAGGAUCGGAGGGUUGAUCUUCGAGGGCGGGUGCGAGGGGAGCUCCCCAUCCCAAGGAUCCGACUAACCCCAAGAUUCAUCUUUGCCUUUGACGGGACGCUUCCAAACGGCCGCGCUUUUUGGAGGAGCAUCUUUGGAAAAAACCUCUGGAAUACAAGGUCCAUAAAACUUUAUAGACUUAAAUGGCUGACUGACUGCCCAUAGAAAAGGGGGUUGAUCCCUCUCUGGAGCUGCCAUUUGGGGGAGUUGAUCAGGAGGAUCAAUCUUGGAAGACAUCAACAGAGGACAGAGCAACACAGAUGGUAUCUUCUGAAACAUCUAUUUUGUGUGCUGGAGGAAUAGAAGAACUUGGGCUUCCAAGGAAGAAUUCCAUUUGUUUUGAAGAUAUAGCUGUGUUUUUCUCCAUGGAAGAAUGGGCCCUGCUGGAUUUGGAGCAAAAAAAACUGCAUAGAGAGGUCAUGCUGGACAACUCAAGGAACCUGGCCUCUCUAAGUGAUGGAUGGAAGAUGGAAGGCCAAGAAGCAGCAAUACCUUUUCCAAAAGAGAUAAAGGAAGUUCUGGAGAGGAUGUUUGGAAAGAAAGAUUCUGAGGAAAAUCAGUUAAAAGUGGGGCUGGAGAAAUACUCUCAUUUUCAUUAUGCAGAUUUCAGUGUGUUCAUGGCUGAAGAUGAUCACCAAAAAAAGGGAGUGUGUGCGUGGUGUGGAAAAAUACUCAGAGAUGAAUCAGAAUUAUGUUAUUGUUCCAGAAGUGAUACUGUCCAAAAACAAAAUACAAGCGCCACAAGAGCCAUUUCUGUUAUCUUAUCUCAGAGAAUAAAAGUUGGAGAAAAACCAUAUAAAUGCCUGGAGUGUGGGAAGAGCUUCAGAGUCUCAAGUCAUCUUUCUUCUCAUAAAAGGCUCCAUACAGGAGAAAAACCAUAUGAAUGCAAGGAAUGUGGAAAGAGAUUCCAGUUUGCCACAAGCCUCACUUGCCACAAUAGGAUUCACACAGGUGAGAAACCAUACGAAUGCCAAGACUGUGGAAAACGCUUCACUCUCUCGGGUUCCCUCACUCAGCAUAAAUGGAUCCACACUGGAGAGAAACCAUAUAAAUGCCAGGAAUGUGGAAAGAACUUCACAAGUUCAGGGUCUCUCACUCGCCAUAAAAAGAUCCACACAGGAGAGAAACCAUAUCAGUGCAAGAACUGUGGAAAGCGCUUCAGACAAAAAAUUCAUUAUACCAUACAUAACAGAAUCCAUACUGGGGAGAAACCAUAUAAAUGUCAGGAGUGUGGAAAGACUUUCAGUUCUGCAAGAAAUCUUAUUUCACAUCACAGAAUCCACACUGGGGAGAAACCAUAUAAAUGCCAGGAGUGUGGAAAGAGCUUCAACAACUCUCAGGUCCUAACUGAUCAUAACAGGAUCCACACAGGAGAGAAACCAUAUAAGUGUAUGGAGUGUGGAAAGAGCUUUCGUUCUUCAAAACCCCUUACUUAUCAUAUAAGGAUCCAUACAGGGGAGAAACCAUAUAGAUGCCAGGAGUGUGGAAAAUGCUUCACUAUGCCGGGUUCCCUCACUUCCCAUAAAAGGAUCCAUAGCGGCGGGAAACCAUAUAAAUGCCUGGAGUGUGGGAAGAGCUUCAGAGAUUCAAGUUAUCUGACUUCCCAUAAAAGGAUCCACACAGGAGAAAAACCAUAUGAAUGCAAGGAAUGUAAAAAGAGUUUCCGUUUUGCCAGGAGCUUUAUUUCCCAUAAUAGGAUUCACAUAGGUGAGAAACCAUAUAAAUGCCAGGACUGUGGAAACUGUUUCACAGCUUCAAGUUUUCUGACUUUCCAUAAAAGGUUCCACACCGAGGAUAAGCCAUAUAAAUGCACAGAGUGUGGAAAAAGUUUAAUAACCAGUAGUAUGCUUUAUCAACAUAGAUGGAGCCAUGCAGGGGAAGUAUGCAAAUGCAGUGAAUUUGGAAAAUGCUUCUCUAAUUCAACUUUCCUUUUUUCUGAUAAAAGAAUCCACACUGGGGCAAAACAACACAAAUGCACGGAGUGUGAAAAGUGCUUCAUUAAUUUAAGUUCCCUGACUUCCCAUAAAAGAAUCCACACGGGGGAGAAACCAUAUAAGUGCAUGGAAUGCAAAAAGGGUUUCACAACCAGCAGUCACCUCAGUCGUCACAAGAGGAUCCACACAGGGGAGAAACCAUAUAAAUGCACUGAGUGUGGAAAAAGCUUCAUACAAAGUAAUGCACUUAAGAAACAUAGAAAGAUUCACUCUGAGAAAAAAUUGGUUUCAAUGGCAGGAAAGGAGGGCGAUCCCACCGUGGAGCUGCUGUUUAAGGGAAUCCCUCUCGAGGAUCCCUCCCAGAAGAGAUCACCAGAGACCAGAGCAUCAUCGAUGGUAUCUUGCAGAACAUCUAUUGUCUGUGGUGGAGGAAUAGCAGCGGUUAUGCUUUCAAAGAAGAAUUCCAUUUCUUUUGAAGAUGUAGCUGUGUUUUUCUCCGUGGAGGAAUGGGCCCUGUUGGACUUGAAGCAAAAAACCCUGUAUCGAGAAGUCAUGUUGGAAAAUGCAAGGAACGUUGCCUAUCUAAGUGAUGAAAGGCAAAUGGAGGUUUCUGGACAAGAGGUAGCAGCACCUUUCCCAAAAGGCGUAAAGGAAGUUGUGGAGAAGAUGUUUGGAAAGAAAGAUUCUAAGGAAAAUCAGUUAAAAGUGGGGCUGGAGAAAUGCUCUCCUUUUCAGUGUGCCGAUAUCAGUGUCUUGGCUGAAGAUGAUCACCAAGAAAAAGGAGUGUGUCCAUUGUGUGGAAAAAUUCUCAGAGAUGAAUUGGAAUUAUGUGACUGUUUCAGUAACCACACUGUAGAAAAACAAAGCAAAAUCAGGAAAUGCUUCAGAAGGACUAAUCAUCUUAUCUUAAGUCAGGGCAUAAAAGUUGGAGAAAAACCAUAUAAAUGCCUGGAAUGUGGAAAGAGCUUCAGAGACUCAAGUUAUCUUACUUCCCAUAGCAGGAUCCACACAGGAGAAAAACCAUACGAAUGCAAGGAAUGUGGAAAGAGAUUCCAUUUCGCCACAAGCCUCACUUCCCAUAAUAGGAUUCAUACAGGUGAGAAACCAUACAAAUGCCAAGACUGUGGAAAACGCUUCACUAUCUCAGGUUCCCUCAUUUACCAUAAGAGGAUCCACACUGGAAAGAAACCAUAUAAAUGCCAGGAAUGUGGAAAAUGCUUCACUAUGUCAGGUUCCCUCACUUCUCAUAAAAGAAUCCAUACUGGAGAAAAGCCAUAUCAAUGCCAGGAAUGUGGGAAGAGUUUCAGAUCUUCAGGUUUUCUUACUUCUCAUAGAAGGUUCCACACCGAGGAGAAACCAUAUAAAUGUACAGAGUGUGGAAAGUGCUUCACCAAUUCAGGUUCCCUCACUUGCCAUAAAAGAAUCCACACUGGGGAGAAACCAUAUCAUUGCAAUGACUGUGGAAAGAACUUCAGACAAAAAUAUCAUUAUACUGUACAUAACAGAAUCCACACUGGGGAGAAACCAUAUAAAUGUCCGGAUUGUGAAAAGAGUUUCCGUUCUGCAAAACAUCUUAUUUCCCAUAAAAGAAUCCACACAGGGGAGAAACCAUAUAAAUGCGAGGAGUGUGGAAAGAGCUUCAACGAUUCCCAAGACCUUAUUGCUCAUAACAGGAUCCACACAGGAGAGAAACCAUAUAAGUGUGUGGAGUGUGAAAAGAGCUUCCGCUCUGCAAAACACCUUACUUAUCACAAAAGGAUCCACACAGGAGUUAAACCACAUAAGUGUAUGGAGUGUGGAAAGAGCUUCCGUUCGGUAAAACACCUAACUUACCAUACAAGGAUCCACACGGGGGAGAAACCAUAUAAAUGCCAGGAGUGUGAAAAAUGCUUCACUAUGCCAGGGUCCCUCACUUCUCAUAAAAGAAUCCAUACUGGAGAAAAGCCAUAUCAAUGCCAGGAAUGUGGGAAGAGUUUCAGAUCUUCAGGUUUUCUUACUUCUCAUAGAAAGUUCCACACCGAGGAGAAACCAUAUAAAUGUACAGAGUGUGGAAAGUGCUUCACCUAUUCAGGUUCUCUCACUUCCCAUAAAAGAAUCCACACUGGGGAGAAACCAUACGAGUGCAGGGAAUGUGGAAAGAAUUUCAGUCAAAAGUAUAAUUAUACUGUACAUAACAGAAUCCACACUGGGGAAAAACCAUAUCAAUGCACAGAGUGCGGAAAGAGCUUCCGCAAGAGUAUCAAUCUUACUUCCCAUAAAAGAUUACACACCGGGGAGAAACCAUAUAAAUGUAUGGAGUGCGGAAAAGGUUUCAUAAGCAGCAGUACGCUUAGUCACCACAGGAGGAUCCACACAGGGGAGAAAUCAUACAAAUGCGAUGAAUGUGGAAAAUGCUUCUCUAAUUCAAGUUCCCUUAUUUCCCACAAAAGGAUCCAUACAGGGGAAAAACGAUACAAAUGCCCUGAGUGUGGGAAAUGCUUCACUAAUUCAAGUUCCCUGACUUCCCAUAAAAGAAUCCACACGGGGGAGAAACCAUAUAAGUGUAUGGAGUGCGAAAAGAGUUUCACAACCAGCAGUCACCUCAGUCGUCAUAAGAGGAUCCACACAGGGGAGAAACCAUACAAAUGCACUGAGUGUGGAAAAUGCUUCAGACAAAUUAGUGCACUUAAUACCCAUAGAAAGGUUCAGUCAGGCGAGAAAUCAGGUAAGUGUGUAGACCGUGGAAAGAGUUUCCGUAAUAGCAGAAACUUCAUAUGACCCUAUUGUAUAACCAUAGAAAUGUACGGAAUGUGGAAAUAGCCCCAGUCAACUUCUGAUUGUUUAUGCAGAGAGAAACCAUUUAAGUGUGCUAAUUGUGGAAAGAGUUUCUACGGGAACAGAAUUGUUCUUUCACAGAAAUGCAUCUUUACCGGAGAGAAUUCAUAUAAAAUGCCUGGAGCAUGGAAAGAGGUUCAGAACAAUCAAUUGCCACAAGAUAAUCCACAUUGGUGAAAAAUUAUAAAUGUAUGAUGUGUGGAAAAGGAUUUGUUGUCCCAACGGUGCUUUUUCAAGAGGCAACUGGACUUUCUUGUUUUUGUUUGAAGACUUUUCGCUUCUCU